GGCAAUUUUCCCUGGCAUCGCUGCCUCGGUCUUGCGGGUGAGCCACCUGCAGUGAGUGGCGGAGCAUACCCGGUUGAAGUUGGAGGAACAGCCUGUCAGUGGGAGGUAACCUUACAUGAUGCCCCUUAUCAAUUCACUGUCUGUCGGCGUUUUAUUUAUAUAGCUAUAUAAAAGGCUGAGCGCUCGGGGCACUUUGAAAGGGACCGAUGGAUGCGGCGUGCCGGUGCGUAAUGGAGCCAUCUAAUUAAAGCCGACUAAUACACUCCGCGGUCCAGAGAAGGGGAGGAUAGCUGGACAAUCGACGUCUUGUGGAAAUGCACUCCAAAGAAUAAAUAUAUUCUGUCACAUCAAAAGGAGGCUUCAUGAGGUAAAUUCACGCAGCGAAGGGAGGGUGCAGGAGACAUGAAUGCUUUCAGUGAACUGUGACUCUUCUCCAGACUGGGUGCGGAAAACGUGCAGGACUUGAGCUUUUUUCUUUUUUUUUCAUCCUUCAGUUCUUUCAGACUUAAAAGCUGCUGCUAGAGGAUCCAAGUGAAGACACCUCCCAGGAUUUUCAUUUGCUUCGUUUCUUCUUAAAGUGAAUUGUUUUACAAAUGAAGAGCGACGCAACUUGAAGAGAGAUAUUGCUUUUUUAAAUACCCAACUUUUUCACUUAAUUUGUAGGAUAACCACACACAGGCGUAAUACUGCGGGGCUGCUUUCAUCGGCGAGGGGAAUCGUAAGCAUUCCCCUAAAAAAAAAGUCUAUGUUGGCUAAUGCGCUAAAAAUUCAAUCAGGCUUAAUGACUGGCAAAUAUUUUUAUGGGGACUAUAUAAAAAGUUAUAUUUGAAACGUAAACGAGCGGGACGUAAAAGCAACCCCACCUUUACCUCUCUAAGGAGAGAAAAAAAAAACUGUCUUAGUGUCUAAAUGACCAGCUUUCCAGGAUGUAGCUUUGAUGUGCCUGGGCAUUGACCAACACGAGCUGAUGGGAUUGGAAAGGUCAGCUUUUAAGCUCUGAGAAAUGACAAAAGAGCCAUUAGGCUUGGAUUAAUUUAACUCUUUUUUUCUGAAAAUUUGGGAGCGCAUCGCCUUCUUGUCGGGGAGACUAGUUUCAACAAUCGCACUUGUCGGGUUCCUUGGUUGUGAUUUGCGUCUUGGAACAAGAGGAAAUAUCCAUUUGAUUUGCGGGGUAUCAUCACUGUGAGACUAGCAGCACGCCGUCUGGACUAAUGUGUGGAUUACAUACCACUUGUCUUUUUUUUUCUUCUUCUUUUUUAAUUAGGAACACAAUGUCUUUUACAAGAAGACGACAACACGGAAUUUUGUAAACGCGGCGGAGAAUUGCGGAAUUUUUCUAUGCAGUUCUUUUUACGGGAGGGUGAGAGAGUGAAAGACGGACCGUGAACCACGAGAUAACAAGACAGACCUUCCAGACCUCUUCGUGGAAAAAAACGCAUGUUGGACUGGAAGCUGGAAUAAAAAUGACCAGAAGUCAAAGUACAAGUUACUGAACUGGCAGUUGGCCCACAUCCUCAUGAAAAAGAGUGGAAGAACAGUCAAUGAAUUAUGAAUGUUCAACAAGAUGACCUCUUCCCAGCAGCAGCAGAUGAUGCGAGGUCCUAGGUGGAACCGGGCCUUGUCCGACCCUUUAUUUGUGCUGCUUCUAGCCCUCCAGCUGCUAGUAGUGGCAGGACUGGUGCGUGCUCAAACUUGUCCUUCUGUUUGCUCCUGCAGUAACCAGUUUAGCAAGGUUAUUUGCACCCGCAGAAGCUUGCGAGAAGUUCCUGAUGGCAUCUCUACCAACACACGCUAUUUGAAUCUGCAAGAAAAUCUCAUACAGGUGAUAAAGGUGGACAGCUUCAAACAUCUAAGACAUUUGGAGAUUCUACAGCUGAGCAAAAACCACAUACGUAAAAUUGAGCUGGGGGCUUUCAAUGGACUGGCAAGCCUCAACACCUUGGAGCUUUUUGAUAAUAGACUCACCACCAUCCCAAACGGAGCAUUUGAGUACUUGUCUAAGCUAAAGGAGCUUUGGCUACGAAAUAAUCCAAUAGAAAGCAUUCCUUCUUAUGCUUUCAACAGAGUUCCCUCAUUACGUAGGUUGGACCUAGGGGAGCUCAAAAGGCUCUCAUACAUUUCAGAAGGAGCCUUUGAAGGAUUGAGCAAUCUGCGGUACCUAAAUUUGGGAAUGUGCAAUUUGAAGGAAAUUCCCAAUCUCACUCCAUUGGUCAAACUGGAUGAACUUGAAAUGUCUGGAAACCAGUUGUCUGUUAUCCGGCCUGGUUCGUUUAAAGGGCUUAUCCACCUGCAAAAGCUAUGGAUGAUGCAUGCUCAAAUCCAGACUAUAGAAAGGAACUCAUUUGAUGACCUUCAGUCACUGGUGGAGCUUAACCUUGCCCAUAAUAACCUAACGCUUUUGCCCCAUGAUCUCUUUACUCCUUUACAUCAUUUGGAGAGGGUGCACUUGCACCAUAACCCCUGGAAUUGCAACUGUGACAUCCUGUGGCUAAGCUGGUGGCUUAAGGAGAUGGUACCUGCAAACACCAGCUGCUGUGCCCGCUGUAGCUCACCUACCCAAUAUAAGGGCCGCUAUAUUGGUGAGCUGGACCAGAAUUACUUUCAUUGUUAUGCUCCCGUUAUUGUGGAGCCUCCUGCAGACUUAAAUGUAACAGAGGGAAGUGCUGCUGAGUUGAAAUGUAGAGCCAGCUCACUGACCUCAGUAAGCUGGAUUACACCCAAUGGUUCAAUAAUGACACAUGGUGCAUACAAAGUCAGAAUAUCUGUGCUAAAUGAUGGCACACUGAAUUUCACAAAUGUUACCAUGCAGGACACAGGGACAUACACAUGUAUGGUUAGUAAUUCUGCAGGUAACACAACAGCCUCAGCCACACUGAAUGUGUCCUCUCCAGAGAACAGUAGCUUCAGCUACUUCACCACAGUGACAGUAGAGACAAUAGAAACUCCUCAUGACGAAGGUUUCACCACCACUGUUCAACAGAAAGUGAGCCCCACAUCCUCUGCCAGUAUAUGGGAAAGUCCUUCACCCACCUCUACUACAACGACAACAGUUCGAACCCCACUGUUCACACGUGCAACAGAAAAGUCCAACACAAUACCUGUAACAGAGGGGUCGCUCAACGGUUUGGAUGAGGUUAUGAAGACAACUAAAAUCAUCAUUGGCUGCUUCGUUGCAAUCACUCUUAUGGCAGCAGUAAUGCUGAUUAUCUUCUACAAGAUGCGGAAGCAGCAUCACCAGCAGAAUCAUCAUGCACCCACACGCACUAUUGAGAUCAUCAAUGUAGAUGAGGACUGUGUAACAGGAGGCCCAGGCAUGGAGGGCCAUCUUACUCUGCCGUCUCUGGAGCAUGAGCACCUCAACCACUACAAUACCUACAAGACUGCCUACAACCAUGCCUCAGCUAUGAAUUCCAUACACAGCUCAGCUCACGAACCUUUGUUAAUCCGGGCCACUUCAAAAGACAAUGUACAAGAGACCCAAAUCUAAUACUUUUGACUAACUCAUAAAACUGUUGGCAUUACACAGUGGCAUUACUGACAGGACAGUAUUGACAGCUGGUUUUGAGGACUGUCGCUCAAAUCUGGAGCAACACACUCAUGUUUAGCAAAUCACUGGAGUGAUUUUCAUUCAAUGACAUUGGGAUUUAGAAUAUGUCUGCUGUUUCAAAAAGUGUCUUUACAAACCAGAAGUUAUUUAUUUAAGAAAAAAAUAUUGUGGUUGAAUCAAGAAAAAAAUAUUCAGCUUUUUUUUCAUCUAUUAAUACAUUAUUUUUCCUCCUCUCAUGUGAAAAAGAAUGGUUUACAAGUAUGCUUAAACUCUUUUAGAAGACAUCUGUUGAAAAAAAAAAAACUGUCAUUAUCUGUUAGCUGGUAUUUUCAUAUAAUUACAGUUUGGAUCUGAGUGGGUAAUUUCAUACUUUACACCUGUGAAGAAAACCUAGAGCACAUUAGGGGUUUUCUCCAGCAGUGAAUGAGAUUAUUGAAAAACUUGUGGUCUUCUAAAACAUAGCUGUGUAAAACACUUGGCAGAGCGAAAGUGUCAGUUAUGAUUUUUGACCACAAUUCAAAGUUUUAAUUGGAACUGUCACAUACAUUGGGUACUUUCUGUUCCGCCAUGAAGUCACAUAAAGUUCUUGGAAAAAGGGAAAUAGACCCUACUUAUGAAAGCUGUUCAAAAAGGAAGUUCAUUACUAAUGAUUUUAUGUUCUCUUAAAUUAAUUUUUAUUGAUCAAAAGGUCGUUCUGUCCCUAAUGUGUAUGCAAAAUACAAUUAUAUUUGAUCUCAAAGUUGUCUUGACAGAAGUCUGUGGUUCCUAAGAGGGAUCCUUUUAUUGUUAUUAACAUAUACCAUUGACAGCAUUAAGAAUUAUUGCUGUUCUGAAAGUCAUAGCAGCAUUAAUAAAUAUUUUAGAAGCAUUAUUGUAAUUGAACAGGAUGGGAAUAGUAUCACUGACCCAUCCUGGCAAAAUUCUCCUUGCUUGAAAUGUUUCCAAUGUCUUCUGACCUCACAUUUACCUUCUAAUGCUAUGUUCCAGUGCAUAUUAAGGUGGCUGAUUUAAAGAGGUUCUUUAUUCUUGCUGGGACCUGUUACCUCUUCGGCAGUACUGCCAGGAGUGCUGUCAGAACCAGAGUGACGAGCUGAAGAAAAAGCUUAAACCCUUUAUACAGCUGUCUGACCACAUUGCUUGUCAUCUAUGUGCCACAUUUCCACAUUGAGAUGCUUGGCAGCCCCAGCUUCACACCCUGCCCCUGCCAACCAAAGGACUUGGCCCUGAGUAGCAAGGCUUAUGCUACAAGAGGCUUUACGGUCAUGCAGAAUGUGUGGGAUCAGGCAUCAACCAGAUGUUUGAGUUGCACCUGCCUUUUUUCUUUUUCCCUUGGCGACAACACAAUUUACAUUUUAAUUGAUGUGCCCAUGGGCUUUGUAUGGACACAGUUCUGCAGGCACUCAUAUCCAGGAAGCCAUUUUAAAGUCCCUACUGUGAAAAUUGUGCCAAGCUCCAUAAAUGCUGUAGUUAGACAGAUGGUCUAAGAUUUACUUUUAGCAAGUAAAUAGGGUUUCUUUUCAGCAGUAGGAUAUUUUUGGUGAAAGGCAUUGUUACACUGUUUGAUCAUAUUGAAGAAGCAUGAUAUGUAUACAGACAUUCACAGUACAUUUGCAAUUCUACCCUGGCCACUUAGAUGUUUAGAAUUUUGGGUUGUAUUCCAGGCAAGGAAUCAUGAAUUAAAAGCUUCCCCCAACUUCUGGUAAGUGAUAAUAACGGAGGAAUACGGUAGUAGAAAUCAAAAAGAAAUGCAACACUCACUUUGAAAACAAUACCUGGUGUUUAUAUAAUGGUUGUAUAAAAAUUUAAUGAUAAGAUUCAGCUUAGAAUUUGUACUUCUCAAAGGUGUAUGGAAUUUGAACAGCCUAUUCUCUGUUUUUGCCUAACCCAUGUUUUUUUCUUAAACAGAAAUCAAAUCACAGUGUUGUUGCAACAAAGUAGCACUAACUGAAACAACUGCCAGGUACACAAAAAACUCUAACAGAAGCACCAUUAAAUUUUAUUUUCUGAUUUUGCUUAAUUCAAGGACAUAUGGCCAGACUAGAGUGCAUAUAGGAUCCAUGAGCAAUUCGGGGAGACAAUAAUCCUUACAAUAAUUUGUUCACCUUCUUGGAUGUUUUAUUUUUAUUUUUCAUGCUUUUACAUUCUGGAUUGACAAAAUGUGCAUUUUUUAUGACAAAAAUACUGAACAAAACAACUCCAAUAUAAAUGUGAAAAUUGAUAUCUUCAAAAUGAUUAUCAAUAAAAAAAAUAGCAUACAAUAAAUGAUUUCAUAAAUAUUCACUACCUUCAAGUCAGCUGUAUUAAUAAUAUUAAUAAUAUGUGUGGCAUCAUUACAGCAAAAUAUCCCAAUCUAUCAAAAAUCUUUAAAUGAGCCUUCCUGAAUUUUUUUGUUGCUGCCCUCCCACAGCCCAAAGCCAAUUGUCCAUACCAAUUAAUUUUCUUUAUUUAUGAAGGGGCUUCAACAUAGUGGCAAUGUUUCCACAAAAGACCCACACUGUGUUACAAACUGUUUUAGACUUUCAAGAAAGUGUUUGAUUUAUUCUUAGAAACUGUAUAAUUUAUCGAAGGUGCAGCACACAGUACUUUUGUGGUAAUUUCUGCUUUGGUAAUAUUACAAUACAAUGAAUUUUAAAAAUCGGUUAACUUUAAGUUCUACACAUUUUUACCAGCUGGACAUCUCACCCUUACUUUUAUAGAGUGUGGCACAUUUGUAUACCAUAGGGUGGCAACGGUAUCAGUUAUUGUUUUGUCUAAGCUCUUAGAGGUGGAAUUUAGGACAAAUUCUCUGUUGCAGACUUUUAUCUGGUUUUUUUGUUUGUUUGUUUGUUUGUUUGUUUUUUUGGAGGAAAACUGUCAGAAAAUUUCAAUAGUAAAUCAGUUGCAUUUGUCAAGCUGUCUCAUGUAUGUAAGAUAUCUGAAUAUUUUUGGUCAGUAUUGUUUUGUUUCUUUUUAAAAAAUUAAAAAAUAAAACUACAUUUCUUUUUGAACCUGAGAGGGAAUGCUGAUUUAGUGUUAGAUUUCUUAAAAAAAUACAUUUUAAGAAUAAAAUUUUAAAAAACAAGCUUUUUUAUUAUUAUUUUGAUUUUACAUGUGCCAACAAUCUGUUCAAAAAGUGAAAAUAGAGAAAUAUGCUGUAACAGAAUAAGAGAUUGAUUUUCAUGUAAGCAUUCUUUCAUGACCUUUAAAAGAUAUGGAGAUUGAUUAUAGAGACCAGAGUUUGUAGUUCACAAAAUAUGGGUAAAAUAAACUAUUGUUGUUUUUC